GCUGUGAUUUCGGGGCGAAUGUCAGCACUCACAUUUGUAUACGCGUAAAAUCGCGCAGAAUUCUUGUUGUGCUGUGGAAUGUUUGGUAAAAGUGCUAAUUAGGCGAGGGAGAUCAUGUAAAACUGGGCGUAACCCACACAAUGUAAUUGCACCCGCACCCGUCCGCAGGCAAAAACCGUUUUUCCGCACCCCCGCCCUUGCUAAUGCAGUUUUCCGUUUGCGCAGCCACUUUUCACUCGGAGGAUGUACUUUCCCGUGGGCUGGCCCAAGCGGGUGGGCCUGGCGCUGCCCGGCGAGAGCGCCAGUAUCCGGCACAUCUGCUGCGACGCGGUCAAGAUACUCGUGGCCGCCGUGGGCGAUGACUUCCUGGGCAUCUGGUACGCCAACCCGCUCAUUCCCAUCGCCUACUUUCGGCGCACGGAGGACUCCUUGCGGCAGUACGGCUCGAACCAGGUGAUUGUGUGGAAGCCCGACUCCCGGCAACUGGCCCUGCUGACCGCAUCCGGCGCCCUGCUGCUCUACCAGCUGGACUUCGAUGCGAAUGGAAGUGGUAUCCUUCUGCAGGUGGAUCCACCCUCUGCGAGCCUCAAACGCGACUCCGCCGAGCUGUUCAUCAAGGAGAACAUUCCCCGCCUGAGCCUGCGCGAGCUGUGCAGCGUUACCCUGGGCUCCGUCAUCACCACCGUGUGCUGCAUCAGCCUCAGCGAACUCCUCCUGGCCACUCAGUCCUGCGAGCUGCUGCGCUUGCAAUGGACUCAGCUGGAGCACGCCGAGAACGAACUGGAGCUGCCAGCCCUGGCGGCCAUCAAGCUGCGCGACAUUCCCUUCUACGUGCAGCAGCAGCAGCAGCAGUCCGCCGCCCGGAAUGUUCCACCCCUGAGCAGGGACUCCUAUGUGGCCUCGCUGGAGUACUCCCCGUUUAUCGGCGGCUGUGCGGCCGUCUUCAGCGAUCGCCGUGCCGCCUUCCUGAUUGCCAACCAUCUGAGAUUCGAGACCGACCACAUGCACGGCUUCUGGGUGCCCGAUGUGGAGGAUGCGAGCGUCUGCAGUGUGAACCACAAGUUUCGGCUGUUGGCCUACGGCCAGGAGAGCUCCGCGGUGAAUGUUUAUGGGAUAGACGAGGCCACCGGCGGGCUGGAGUUCUCGCACCGCCUUAUGCUCACGGAAAAUGUGCUGCCCGGCAGUCUGGGCUCGGUGAACGAGCUAAAGUGGAGCCCCGACGGCUGCGUCCUGGCAGUUAGUUGGACGAAUGGUGGUCUGUCCCUCUGGAGCACAUUUGGAGCGCUGCUAAUGUCCACCCUAAGCUGGGACUUUGGCCUCAACGUGGAUCUAGUUCGGCAAAAUCCCCUCAAGCUCCGCCGGCUGGAGUGGUCCACCGAGGGCUAUCAGCUUUUUAUGCUGACGCAGCAGCCGCCGGAGAGGGAGGAAAACGACAAGAGCAAUGUGCUGCAGCUACAGUUUGUAAAGAGUGCGCUGAGCAUGAAUCCCUGCAUGACCACCAAUCCGCACAUCCUGCUGCAGGGCGACGAUUGCCUGUACCUCAACCAGGGCAACAACUUGGAGCAGACAUAUGCCGGCAGCCAGGCCACGUUCCCCUCUAGCGGCGUGGGCUCGGAUGACACGAUAUCCGGCGAUGGCGACUGCCUAGAGUUGAAGCAGAGCCCGCACACGGGCAGCAUCCUCACGGAGAGCAAGUAUUGGACGGUUUUGCAGCUGCCGCUCAACUAUGCGGCCACCAACUGGCCAAUUCGGUAUGCUGCAAUCGAUCCGGAUGGACUCCACUUGGCGGUGGCCGGGCGCACUGGCCUGGCGCACUACUCGCUGGUCACCCGCCGCUGGAAGCUCUUCGGCAACGAGUCGCAGGAGAAGGACUUUGUGGUCUCCGGCGGGCUUCUCUGGUGGCACGGCUUUGUGGUCAUGGGAUGCUACUCACUGCUGGACCGCACGGACGAGCUGCGUUGCUAUCCGGCGGACUGCAAGCUGGACAACCAAUACGGCCACAAGCUGCAGGUGCGUGCGCCUGUUAUAAGCCUCAACUCAUUUCGGCACCAGUUGAUUGUUCUGACUGCCGAUGGGAUCGUGAGUCUGUUUAAUAUGUCCAAAAAAUCGGCCUAUGCCUUGGAUAUUGAGUGCGCCUACGAACUGGAUGUGAAGAGCAUCUGCAUCCACCCCGCGUGCAUAGUGAGUUUGACAGUGACGAACCUUAAGAAUGAGCUAAAGCCACAGGGUCAGCAGCCGGGUGGCGAGCAGGCGGAGACUAUAAUUGUAAACGUUUGCGGCCGCAUCUUGAUGAUCCAGCGCGACGCUGGGGAACAGGUUCCCAACACUCUGUUAGCCACGUGCUUGGCUAGCUGCGUCGAGGUCUUCUGGCUGUCGCACUCCCUGGAACGCUGUGCGAUGCGCGACUGCCUCUGGCUUUACUCGGGGGCCCACGGCAUGCGUGUGUGGCUUCCAAUCCUACCGCCGGGAAGGGAGCGGCGCGAGGGAGAGCAGGGCGGUGCCCAGCGUCUGCACAGCUUUAUGUCGAAGCGGAUAAUGCUGGGAUUUCCACUGAAACUUUACCCCCUCGUCGUGCUCUUCGAUAAUGUAAUCGUGCUGGGAGUGGAGAACGAGAGCACGCUGUAUGCCAAUGAGCAGGGCUCCCACUUCUCACUUCCGUUCGCCGUGAUGGAGCGCAAGUCGCAGAUCUAUCUGCACAAGGUGCUGCGCCAGCUGAUUAAGCGGAACCUUGGAUACUCUGCGUGGGAGAUUGCGCAGUCGUGUCGCUCGCUGCCUUAUUUUCCGCACGCCCUAGAACUUCUGCUCCACGAGGUUCUGGAGGAGGAGGCCACAAGCAAGCAGCCCAUUCCGGAUGCACAGCUGCCCAGCAUUCUGGAUUUUAUAAGGGAGUUCCCUGUCUACUUGGAGACAAUUGUGCAGUGUGCCCGCAAAACAGAGAUUGCCCUGUGGCCUUAUCUCUUUUCAAUGGCCGGAAAGCCCAAGGAUCUGUUCCAGAUGUGCCUGCAGUCGGAGCAGCUAGACACGGCGGCCAGCUACCUGAUAAUCCUGCAGAACCUGGAGCCCUCUGUGGUGAGCAAGCAGUAUGCCACCAUGCUGCUGGACAUUGCUCUGCAGCAGCGAAAGUGGGAGCUGGCCAAGGAUCUGAUUCGCUUUCUAAAGGCCAUCGAUCCAAACGAGAUCGAUUCGCCGCGCUCCUCGAUGGUGGUGAAUGUGAAAAUCGCUCCGCCUCCCCAGGUGAACACACAGCAGCAGGUGAACCAGAAUGCGGAUGCCUUUAACAUGGUCCUGGGUCCCAUUGCCAGAGAGAGAAGUUUCUCCACCACGGUGACUAGCAACCUGCCAAAAGACAAACAGGCUCCCGGGGCUCCACCGGUGGCUCCCCUGACGGAAACGGGCAGUUCGGGGGCACCUACGGUGGUGCGUCGUCGGUCCACUAAGCAGCGCGAGACAUUCUGCAUCGAUCUGAUCCUGCAGCGCCAUGCUCGCCAACUGCUGCAGAACCACAAACUCACGGACUUGGGCUAUAUGUGCGCGUACCUGGACUUUCACCUUGUCAGCUGGUUGUCACAGGAAUCGGAGCGUGCAGCCAAAUUGGAUGACUUUGCGGGAGCCCUGCAAGCGCUGCACGUGGAACUGCAGCUGCCCAGUCCAUUUCCCACUCCGGCCAAAGACGACUUUGCCCAGCUACGCGGCAGUCUUCGGCAGACAGGAGGAGGCGGGGGAUCCUCACAGACAUCGGAGUCUGGCUACUUCAGCCUAGCCACGCCCAACGGGGCAGCAACGCAGUCGCCACAACUGCAGCCAAGCAUUCGGGAGGAGGAGGAAGAGCUGCAGCAGCCCAGCUCAUUGCCAGCAGUGCUGAAGACGCGCUCGGGAUCGCAGCUUUCGUUCGACAACUUCCGCUACCGCCGGCUGUACUCGCUGCCGGCAUCGGAGGACGACCUGGCUGUGGAUCCGCUGCCCGAGAAGCUGUCCAUCAAGCUGCGCUAUCUGCUGCAGCUCUUUAUCGAGGCCAAUUGCACGGACUACGCGCUGGUUCUAUCCAUCCUGCUCCAAGAUGCGGCCUCCAUAUCGAGAAUUGUCAACGGGAUAAUCCGCAGCGAAUCUGUACACACCUGUCUGCGCACGGAGACCGCCCUGAAGCAAUUGAGUCAGAGCACCUUUGAACACAGCGGAUCUUUGUACCGGGGAUUUGUGCUCACUUUGCAGCCGCACCUCUACCUGCUGGAACAGUACAUCCAGUCGCUGGGGGACGCCGCCUGCCUGCCGCUCCAAGAUGCCAGCCCGGGCACCGAGCAGGGCGUCGACGUGGCCACUGGACUCCACGGACUGGAGAACGAGGAGGGCGAAUUUGUGCCAAAAUCGCAGCAGGCGAACGGAAACCAAUGGACGGUGACGGACCAUCACCCGAAUAUUCAGCGGCUCACGCGACAUGCAAGCUUGGAGUCGAAUGGGAACGCAGCGGUGGCCAGCGGCUCCUCCGCCCAUUCAACGCCCACUCAGCGCCAGCUGCCGCGGCAGAACAGCCGCGAGCGGGAGGGAUGUCGCCUCAUGUAAGCCGUUAGCCGUAAUCCGAGCGGUUUAAUCCGUACUCCACAUACUCAGCGCAAGGAUGUAGAUACAUACGUACGAGCACUUAUUUGUCAGUGAAAAGCGUUUUGUUGCUGUAACUCGUUGUUAAAAUUUUCCGUUAAUUGUAAGCCAGCGUACACACUCAGAAACAGGGUUAGAGAAGGGACCGGACCGAAACUCACAUGCAGACAACGAAGCGUAGCCGGCAAAAGAAAAACAAACAACCGUAUAACCGUAUGAAGCAUACGUAAUGUAAUCCAUAAUUUAGUAGAUGAAAUUUGCUGCAAUAUUUGUUAAUUAAAAUUAUACAACCAAUAUACUUAAAUAUACAAAUCAAAUACAAUUAUAUUUUUACUAAUAAAUGAAACUAUUUAACAAUAA